GUUAUUUCGUGGGCAGCGCAGCAGGCCAUGGCCCCAUUUGGAUAGCGCUCGCCCAUCAUGAUACUUAAACCCCAUUUGGAUAGCGUCUUUGUCGCCUGAAGCAUUGAUUCAGCCACUUGAUUCAGCCCCAACUUGAAGGCUUGCAGAACGAUGAUGGCCGACUCAUUGGGGGCUGACGCCAACAUGGACACGAAGGCUCAGCAGGUGGUCAGACAGACAGACAGACAGACAGACAGAGACCAAGACGCCACUCAUGUGUCCUGUCUGUCUGUCUGUCUGUCUGUCUGUCGGGGUCAGGAGGAUAAGCCAGGGCCUUCAUCAGGCCCCAGUUCAGAGGUAGGCACAAAUAUGCAUGGGAACUUGACAGGCCACCCACAUGUGCAGGGCGGUGUAUCUGCGUCUCUGCUCCAGGAGUGUCGUCACGAUGUGCUCGACGGACGGCUGGAGUCGUUGAGAAAGUAGGCAGACAUAGCGAAACGAUAGAGACAUGAAUAUGCAUCAUAUAUGGUGUCUGUCUGCCUGUACCUUCUCCCGCAGGUCUUUGCAUGAGAAGCGCAGCCGCAGUCUCAAGAUAUUCGAGCGCCUGUCCACUGUGGCCGACCGCAUCCAGCACGUCACCUUGUGCUCCACGGCACCGGCAGCUGUGGUGAUGCCCCCGCCACCCCAAGAGGAGAAAGCAGCCCCGGGCAGCAGGCAGACCACCAUAGACCGGCUGGUGGGCGAAGGGAGCCCCUUGAGUGCGUCGUCUAACGAAGAGUGAGUUACCGGAGGGAUGUAUUGUCUUUCAUUCCUUCCAUUGCCAUUUCUUCUUCUUGCUGUCGGUCGGUCGGUUGGCUUCUUGCAGCUUCGCCCCGGAGAACAAAGCAUCGACCAAGCCAGUCAUCCCGCCGCUCAACAUGUCACGCCUGGCAGACAGCAGAGAGCCGGAUCCCCCUCUGGGAGACGCGGAACGGGAAGGCCUGCUGCAGAAACAACACGAAGAGGCGGAAUGCGCGCAUGCUCGGCAGGGUGACGAGGAUGCCGGCGUUGAUGAGAGGCGAGAGCAAGGCGGUGACGUCUCUGUCCCCUGUGGCAUCCCGAGUCCAUUCUUCCAGACCAAGUUGGAAGAGGAGCUGUGGACGGAGGUGUUGCGGCUGCGGCGGGAGAGCGAGGCAGACCAGGACACAUGGAACACCAAGAUGGCACAGGUGAGGCAGCAUGAGACACGACCACAUUGGACACAUUGGACAAAUGGAGGAUUCGACUUUUUCUCCUCUUUGCUGGGUGCAGUUUCAUGAGCAGCUUUGUCGGCUGGAGGCCGACCAGGCCGAGAAACAGAGCAUCAUUGACCAACUAACACACACCAUCCAAAAUGUCCAGGUAAGGACUAGGAUCAUGCCUGCACCGCAAACAAGACGUCCCUCUAUGUGUUGGCCGACAGGCGAUUCUGGAGUCGCUCUUUGGCGAGCUGAGAGACAUCCGACUGACCAUUCGCGGCCUGCGCAGAAGACCUUCCUCUCCGAGAAGGGGAGGCUCGUCUCGUGUUUCUUCCGCCAACCCACGGCAGGGUCGGGCGUUGACACAUUCGCCAGCCGUCAAAGAGCUGCCAGCUGUCGUGCCACGCGUCAAGGUGCCCUCAGUACCGCCAUUGAAGCUGUCAGACUCCUUGAAGAAGGACAAGACAAUCGACAAGGAUGAGGACAGCAAUGUCCUUCUUCAAGGAGCGGCUAAGACGGAAGUCACAAUGUCUCCUCAGUACAGCAAGGCUGCAGCCCCUCCCGCCCUCUUUGCAGCGCCCCUCGCUCCCCCAGAGUCGCCUGUACUGUGUGUCCGCACCCCUCCGACAUUCAGAUCGUACAAUGAGACGACAGGCCGUUCUCCGCCGCCUCUCUGGCUGAUCCAGCCGCCUACCACAGCUGGCACUAUGGUGCCUGAGGGUGUGGAGACGAUGAGAAGCGUCCCAGAUGAGGGAGUCAGGAAGACAGUCAAGGGGGGUGUGGUCCCCAAAAAGGGGCUCUUACAAGAUCGGCCGCCCUCCGCGAGGAGGGAGAAACGCCCACCACUGGCGCGAUCGGUGUCUCUGCCGCCUCCGCAUUAUAAUAGGCCCUUUCGACCGCGAUUUGUGCUGCCUCCUCCUCCGCGUCGGCCGCCGCCGCCCUUGCCCCCUGCUUACGUGGUGCGGCCGAUGCCUGUGCCAGUGGUGUAUAUGCGGCCGGUGCCGCCUGUGGCGUAUGUGUAUGCGGGGGUGGACUCACGUGCAGCGGCGGGGUGUCUGGGUGCAUGCAGACCGAAGCACAGAGGACGAUAGACUGACAGACAGAUCAAUCACCCAAUCAGUGUAUGGAUGGUAUGUACACAUCAGAGCGGUGCGGUCCCGGACCGGAACACACACACGGACAUGCAAU